GUACAAAAGGAGUUGGCUUCAGAAAGGAUUCUGCAAUGUAUGAGGUUGAUUUGUUAAAAAGUGAUGCAUAUGGUGAUGUAGUAUCAAAGAUUAGUGAGGUGCUUGAUGUUGAUGAUACUGACUGUGUUUUGCUGUCUCUUCGUGGUUGUAUUAUUAAAGAUGAAACAAUAGAAACUGGUAGCAGGUCUCAAAAAUGGACCCUAGGUGCUUAUCUUGCUAAACGUCACAUUGCACCUGACAAACUCACUCUUGGUAUUGGUAGUGACAUUUUCAUUCAAGAAAGAAAGAAACAGAAAAGAGAUGAUGGUAGCAAAGAACAAAACUUAGUCAGUGAUAAAGUAGGAAAGAGCUAUCUCAAGGACCAGUUUAAUGAUGUUCAAAUAUUUGAUGAUAAUUCUUGUGAAGAGUCAAGUGAUGCAUACGAAGUUCUAUAUUGUUUUGAAGAAGAUAGUAUAGCAUUAACUCAGUAUGAGGUGUGGCUGAAGGAUAAUGGUCAUCCAGAAAAAAUGGAUUGUUUUGGAGCUUUUAACCCUUCUUCGGAUUUUACAGUAUUUAAAGUGAUUCGGAAGCGAGAUCAUUUGAUACUUUAUGAGCCAAAUAAUAGUAGACGUGAGUAAUUUAAUGCAUUGUAUUAACUAUAUUUGAAAAAAUGUUUAGUCCAAUUAUUUAG